CAAUGGCCAAACCCAGUGGCCAUUUUCGAGCCGUCAUUGUUGGGUGUGGGAUUGCUGGUUUGACACUUGCGCUGUCUUUUGAACGGCUCGGAAUCAACUAUGCUCUGCUCGAAGCCCGUGAGUCUUUGGAGCCGGGGUACGGCGCUGGAGCUGGUGUAGGGUUGCAGCCUAACGGACUGCGCAUCCUCGAUCAGCUCGGGCUGUUGGAGGAGAUUGAGGCGCAUACGCUCCCCCUAGAAACAUGGAUGUCGUUGGAUGCUAGCGGGAAGUUGCUCUCGACGUCCAGAGCGAUGAGCAUGUACCGUUCUAGGUAGGAGUGCUCUUAAUCUGGGUACACUGUUGUAUUCACUGUGUUCGCAGUAUCGGAUACAGCAUCAUGUUCGUGGAGCGUCGGAAACUUCUUCAGAUUUUGUCAAGCUGUCUGAAAGAGCGGCAGUCGAUCCGGACAUCUGCCUGCGUCGAAUCGAUCGAGGAAAGCGAGGAACAUGUCACAGUUCGCACAUCGGACGGUCUCUCCAUCACAGCCGAUGUGGUCGUGGGUGCCGACGGGAUCCGGAGUCGUGUUCGCAGUUUUAUCGACAGGAUGGUCCACAGCGAUGCCGAUGACUGUAGGUGGACCCUGCAGCUUGUCGCACCUGGCCAUACUGAUGAGUUGGUUCGAAGACAUGUCCGUCAAACUUGCUGCCGUGUACGGCAUGUCUUCUCCUACCAAGGGCAUUGAUCCGGGAGAUCGCUUCACUGUCUAUCGAGAAAAAGCAACUGUCGUUGGGUUUGCCGGCAAAGAUAGUGUCGUCUUUUGGUUUGUCUUUGAGAGACUAGACCACUCCUACCCCUUGUCGAAGUGUCCGCGAUACACAGCAAUCGAUGCCGACACUCUCUGCCAAACCGUCAUCGAUGUACAAGUUGCCCCGUUCGUGAAGUUUGCAGACCUCAACACAAAUCGCAUCGUCGCUACCAAAGUGGCCGCCGAGGAGGGCGUAGCCAGGACAUGGCACACCCAGCGAACUGUGAUCGUGGGUGACGCAGCACACAAGAUGACCCCUGCCGGCGGUAUGGGCGCAAACCAAGCCAUUGAGUCGGCGGCCGUCUUAGUCAACGAGAUCAUGAAGGCUAAGAACGCAUCUAACGGAAAGCCUUCGCGCAAAUCGGUGCACUCAGCCCUGGCACGGUACGCAGAACAGCGCCUCCGAGAAUCAGCCCCAGCUGUAGAGAGAUCACGGAUGAUCUGCGAAGCGCUAUUCUGUAAUGAAGGACCGGCAAUUCCCAAGCUCAGACAAGCGUUGAGUCUAUCGGAUGAGGAGUUGCUACCCCGAGUACUGGGGGAAUUUUCUCGUGCACCGGUUUUGGAGAAUCUUGCGCUUUCGCCUAGAGGAAUCCAGUACGAGGAGAUGGCUACCUUUUUGAAACAGAGAGCAAUGGAGAUCGGGAUGGCAACUCACUAGAAUGGCUGAAGCUGAUAUUGAUGUUUAGAAUAGAAU